GCAGAUCGAGCCAUUGCAAAGGCAGAAACGUCAAAACCAGGUGCAGUGCAGUGGCAAAACACUAAGUAAAGACAAAACCUGACGAAACAAACGUAUGUUUUUCUUACAUUGGUGUACGAAGCAUAGUCACUUACUAUACUGUUUUAAUCGUAAAGCUUAUUAGAGAAGAGACGCAUAGUAGAGAAAGUGAAUUUCGUCAGCAUGUAUUGUGAAUAUACUUCUUCAAGGAGUUGUGAUAAGUGAUGGUAGUGUUUUGAGUAUUUUGCAAAUGAUUAGUUCAAUUAAAAAACUCAAAAUUAAUGAAAGUCUAUCCGCAAUCACAGUGUUACGUAAAAAGUUUGAUUAACACAUCGGUUAAAUAAUUGAUUGGUUCAAUGGUUUGCUCAAUGCCUGAGAAUGUUUUUCGUGCCAUCAACAAAUGCAAAUAAUUUACAUUCUGUAGUGUCAAAGUGAUGCAGUGUGCAAAAAUAAUAUCCAGAAUGUAGGCUACAUGGAUGACACCUUCAAUAUCACCAGGAAAAGCUUUCAAUCAUUCGAGCUCCUAUCGAUUUUACUGCGUGAUGCAAAACAAAAAAAUGGGUGGUGUGUGUGAAUGUAUUAGUGUCGGAAUAUCCUUGCAUUAGUUUUUCAAGCGUUUUCUUAUAAACGCUGCCAAGUAUACGGUAGGACGUUCCAGCUUAUAUUAUUCAAAAGAGGAUAUCGUUUUGCUCAAGAUGGAUCGCUUUUAUGCCGCCAGCAUGGAUGGUCGCUAAUAGUAAAUGGUAAAUGCUGGUGCAUAUCGCAAAGCAACAUAAAUUAAAAUACUAGAAAAGCUUUGUUCAUGAAGUUUUGUGAAGCAAACGUGUGGUGAGUUGAAAAUAUAGAAAUAAUAUGGGGCAGGCGACGAGCCAAAACGAUGAAGCCGAUCCCGACCAAGAAGACGACGACAUCAUCCCGAUGCGAGCAGAUCGCUUUCUGACUGAUAGUAACAUUGCAUGUGAAGAAGCAUCAAGGUUAACGGACGACCUACAGGAUGAAGUUUCACCUGAAGAUGAUGAUGGAAUGUGUGAAUACCAUGAUAUGCCUCCUCCACCAGAUGGCGGAUACGGGUGGGUGAUUGUGUUUGCGUCGUUUAUGUGUAACAUGAUAGUGGACGGUAUCGCGUAUACCUUUGGUGUGUUUUUGAAUGACUUCGCGAAAUACUUUGGCGAAGGUAAGGGUACGGUUGCGUGGGUCGGUAGUUUACUUAGUGGGAUGUACUUAAGCGCUGGUCCAGUGGUUUCGGCACUGGCGAACAAAUAUGGCUGCCGAGCAGUCUGUAUAGCUGGUAGUAUAAUCUCCUGCGUGGCAUUUGCUCUCAGUACCUUAAGCACCAACGUGACGAUGAUGAUGCUGACUUACGGUGUCAUGGGUGGCAUCGGCUUCGGUUUUAUCUAUUUACCCGCGGUUGUCGCCGUUGGAUAUUAUUUUGAAACUAAGCGUUCCUUGGCGACUGGUAUCGCUGUGUGUGGUUCUGGAUUCGGUACAUUCGCAUUUGCACCGCUGGCUAACAUGCUGUUGGAGAAUUUCGACUGGAAGAAUUCCACAUUAAUAUUAGCUGGACUAAUAUUAAACUGCGCAGUGUUCGGUGCUAUGAUGCGACCACUAACAUACCCGAAGGAAGACAAAGUGAAACCGCUCAUGCAGCGAAUGUAUGAAGAAAAGCGCAUGCAGAUGGAACGCGGUUCGAUUGGUGGUUCCUAUUUCAUGGUGCAGUUGCCUGACGGUACAAUGGAAAAAAGACUGAAAGCUUCUCUAAAUGCCGAUCCAGGUGUGCACUCUAGUUUAGCUUUAGAUCAGUUAGCCGCACAACAAAGUGGAAUGCAUGCAGUGGCUACGCUGCCCACGAUUGCAGAAUCGAAGGUUCAUGAACAAAACGGUUCCAGUAAUUCUUCAUCCGAAUCCAGCCAAAUAGAGAUAAAGAAACCGCUACAGCGGAAACGUACUACUAACUCCGAGUCCGAUACCAAUGAAUAUGGCGCAAACAAAUUACCACGGAAUGCCUCUCAACCAGCUUUCUCUAGUCAUCAGUCAGGUAUCCCAAAGAAUGGAUCGGUUCCAACAUUCAACCGUGUUCGAAAGCAUUCGGCAGGUGAAAGAUUUAAACCAUCUUUGGCUGCUAUAAAAGCAAGCUCUAGAGGUGAUGUUGGUAGUAACGGAGAUGUACGUAAAUCUAUGCAUUUGAAACUGUCACGCGGGUCUGUCACCAGCAGCAAAAAUAAUAACGCUGAAGAUUUAGAUGAUACUAGUAUGUUUACCUCUAAAGCCUCGUUGAAAGUAGAUCGACCUACGAUGGUUCGCCCUUUGUCUCGUAAAGACAUUUUCUACUCAGGAUCCGUCACCAAUCUAAAAGAGUUCCAGUCACAGAAAUCUCUCACCAAUUAUCGUAAUUCGGUGGUUUCGUUAACUAAAUUCGAACGUGAGCAUCGAAGCGAUGUUAGAAUGGAUGUUGAGAAAGGAGCUGAACAAUAUGAUCUUUGUCCAUGUUUGGUGCUUCCGGAGUCAUUCAAAAAUGCCUUAGGGGCGAUGAUGGACAUGAGUUUGCUCAAAGAUCCAGUAUUCAUGAUGAUCGGAAUUUCCAAUGUCUUCGGCAUGGCUGGAUUAUAUGUGCCAUUUGUGUAUUUAGUAGAUGCAGCAGUUUCGAAUGGAAUCGAACAAAACUCCGCCUCAUUUCUCAUCUCCAUUAUUGGUAUAACAAAUACCGUUGGUAGAAUAGUAUGUGGAUAUAUAGCAGAUUUUCCGAAAGUAGAUGCCCUGUUUCUAAAUAAUAUCUGUCUUGUAAUCUCUACGUUUGCCGUUGCGUUGACUCCAUUUUGCCAUAGUUACGCUUCGUAUGUCGCAAUGGCUAUCGGUUUUGGAAUAGCAGUCGCUGGAUACAUCUCGCUGACGUCAAUUAUUCUAGUGGAUCUUCUGGGACUGGAUAAAUUAACGAAUGCAUUUGGUUUACUGAUUCUGUUCAGAGGAGCAGCUACGAUUGUUGGAUCUCCGUUGGCAGGUGCAUUAUACGAUGCUACGCAGGAAUACUCAUUGCCAUUUUUCGUUGCUGGUGGGCUUUUUGGUCUUUCAGCGAUUUUCAGUUUUGCUGCACCUGCCAUGAAGAGAUACCGCAAACAGGAAGAAACGCCCGUGCAUGUUGAAGUACUGACACCGAUCAAUGAGGAACCAUCGGAAGAUCUUGCCGAUGAUGACCAGCCCAUAACCAUGGUACCAAAGAUAGUUCAAACCGCUCCAAGUCCAUCCACGGAACAGCCGAUUAAUUCCGAAUUUGCAUCCGAUGAUUCUAAACCGAAACAGGCAAUCAAUGGUAAUACCAACGACACUAGUAAGGAAAUCAGCCAAAUUGAAUCUGUGCUAUAAUCAUAUUCGGUAUCAUAGUUUUGGGCGUCCAAUCAUCUCAACCAAGAUAUAAAUUUGUUUUGUGCGCCCGUAUGCCCGAAAUUGGACAUUUAAUGUUUAAGUCGAACGUGUUUUAAUUAUAUUAUUUUUAAUUGAAACAAAAAUGUGUCAUACUGCAAAAAAAACAUCUGUGAGAAUAUUAACUCGAGUAUGCGCGAGCUAGAAGCGGUGAAUGUGAAAAUAAGCGUGAUGUGUCAAUCUGAUAUGCGUAUAUAUAUAAUUUUUUAUGCGUUAUGUACUUUUUCAAUUGUCUAGGUUUCGUAAAAUAAGUGAAAAUUCAUUAUGAAAACAUGCAAAGCAAGUUUAUAUAAUUUUAUUCAAGUUUUUAUCCAUUCGAAAAUAAUCCGACGGAACGAACUGUAGUUAGAUGGUAGGCAAGAUAGAGCAAAGAUGCAACAUGAGUAUUAGUUGGUUUUAAGAGAAUAUAACGAGUCAAAAAGCAGAGAUUGAAUGGUAUUCCAUCUACACUACAGAGAAUUACUAUAUGUUUGGACAUUGUUUUGUAUUCAAUUGUAUAAAAAAUAGGCACAACAUAUUGAUACAGUAAUUACUAAACAAGAUGACAAAAAACUUCGGCUGCCAACGCAAACACCACAGCAUUUGCUUUUAAUGUUUAGAAAAAAGCACAGUAAUCAUUUUGUUCGUUUUUAUAAAAGGAAUGAAAAAAACGAAAGAUCGAAUGGAAAGAAGAAAGGCAAAACAUUUGGAGCUUCUUCAGUUUAGUAUUCACUUUGACAAUAAUACAUGCAAAAACCAAAAAUUUGUACAUCUCUGUAGUGCGACUAUUUAUUUGAUGGUACGGUGAAUAACAGGUUACAGUAUCUAUUAUUGCUGAGAUAUGUUUAGAAAGCGUUGUGUAAUCAAAAUGCGAAAUAAUGACAUCGAGGUAGAGUUUAGUGUUGAGUCGUAUGUUUCAAAGACUAUUUUUGCUUUAUUUCUAUAGGAUAUUUGAAUCAAUGUAAAAUCGUUUUGAUAUUAGCAUAAUUCAUCGAACAACAAAAACAAUUUAUCCUGACAGUAGGAAGGUAGGAUGCUGCAACAAAUUUAAACUAAUAGCUAGUAUUGCUAACGAACAUAAUUCGCCAACCACUGCUGAAAUCAUGUGAUCGUCGUGCGUGCCACUUUUUGCAUCAAUUUAUACAAAACUAUCAAUAUGUUAGUCUUUUCAUAUUAUUUUUUUACUUUUGAUGGUCAUUGGAAACAUAUCAAAAAGUUUUUCAUAUUUCUCGUCUUAUAGUAUGCAUCCAAAAGGUAGUUCGGCACACGUAAAAUAGACGUAACAAUAACUUCAAGCACAUUUACUAAUAUUUGAGUAUUAUCGGAUGCUGCACGGCGAAUAAUAUGAUUAUCAGCUGUAGUUACUACUUUUUGAACUAACGCCAUAAAAACCUGAAGGAAACUCUAGAGAAAAAGAACACAAACCGUUUGUUGGAAAAAAUAAAAAAAACACACACAAAAAUAUAA